AUGGCCGGCCGUGGCGGCGGGGCGUUCGCGCUCGUCGCGCUGUGCAUGCUCGAGCUCGCGCUGCAUGUCGCCAGCGCCGCCCCCGGACCCGCCCCCGCCCCCGCGCCGGAGGGGCUCGUGCCGGCCAUCUUCGUGUUCGGUGACUCGACGGUGGACGUCGGCAACAACAACAAGCUGCGGGGCUGCAAGGCCGAGUGCAGGGCCAACUACCCGCAGUACGGCGUCGACUACCCCUCCUCCCGCGCGCCCACCGGCCGCUUCAGCAAUGGCAAAAACCUCGCUGACUACAUAGCUAUCUUCCUGGGAUUCGACGAGAGCCCACCUGCUUACCAUUCCCUCCCGGCUAAGGGCGUCGUUCCACAGAUGAAAAGCGGCGUCAACUUCGCAUCAGGAGGGUCAGGCCUACAGGAGAACACGGGCCUACUCCCUUGUGGGCGACCAGUGUACAGCAUGACCGACCAGCUCGAGAAGUUCACGGCGGCCGUCCAGAUGAUGGGGGACGACUCGGACGACCUCAUCUCCAGAUCGCUCUUCUUCAUCAGCGUCGGCAGCAACGACCUGUUCGAGUACGCCUACCCCUGGCCGACGCCCCCGAACCGCAACGACACCGCCUUCCUGGGAUGCCUCGUCGACCAUUACAAGACCUACCUGCAGGAGCUGUAUGCGGCCGGGGCGAGGAAGUUCAGCAUCGUCAGCCCGUCGCUGGUGGGGUGCUGCCCGUCGCAGAGGGCGGUGGCGGUGACACAUAACAAUGACACCGACGAGUUCAACUGCUUCGGCGCGGCGAACAAGCUCUCCAGGCAGCUGUACCCAAUGAUAGACUCGAUGCUGCAGGGCCUCAACGCUGAUCUGGACGGCAUGAACUACUCCCUCUCCGACUCCGUAGGGAUGGCCCAAAUGGUCUUCGCCAGCGGCGGAAAAGCCGUCAACCUGACGGUGGUGGACACGGCGUGCUGCGCCGGCACAGGACGGUUCGGGGUGGGCCAGUGCAACACCUCCGCCAAGCUCUGCCCAAACCGCGACGACUUCAUGUUCUGGGACGGCUUCCAUCCGACGGAGGAGGCGUCGUUCCUGGCCGCGAUCGAGAUCUUCGGCGACACCGGCAAAUACCUCCACCCGAUGAACGUGAGGCAGCUGGCGGCGCUCUAAGCGUGUAGAGCCGCGCAGGCGACCUGACUUGUUUCUACGUGCUCCGCCGACGUCUUGGUGUUGCUGAUUAUUCCAGAAUAAGAAGUGGUGUGGGUAAACCUGUAGGGCGGGGAGCCAGAAAAUUUGGCCACUGGUUCGCUCAUCCACUCGUUACGAGAACUUGAUAUGAAAUUAUGAAGAUUGAACUUUACAGUCUUGCUAAAUCACAGUCGACUGAGAUUUUGUUAUGUCUCAGUCGAUGCUAUAUGAAAUUUUACAAUGAGAUUCGUGCAUAAAAAUAUUCUUCAGAUUUUUUUUAUAGUAAUGUCACUUGACUGAGACUUGGUUAAGUAGUCUUAGUCGACUAAAAUGUAGCCACACCCUAGAGCAUGAAUCCAUAUAAAAAGAAAAAAGAAAAAAUGCACAAAUCUUCAUAUAAUAUCUCAUGAAUAUAGUAUCGAGUGAGACUUAAUUAAGUCUUAGUCAACUAAGAUUUAGCGAUCCCGUAAACUUUAAAGUCUAGUUAUAACAAACGUAUAACACCCAUAAACAUUAUAACGAAUAGAAAUAUAGUCUCACGUACCACCUAUGGUUUUGCAUUAAAAACUGAAUAGUGCAAGACAUACCGGCUCGAUAAAAUUAUAAACGGGAUUGCUAA